AUGAGCGCCAUUCUCUCCGCAGACGACCUGAACGACUUUAUAUCGCCCGGUGUCGCGUGCAUAAAGCCGAUAGAGACGCUUCCAGCGAAGCCAGAGGACAGCAGUAAUCCAUACGAAGUCACGACCGAAGAUAAAGCCGCCGCGUCGCAACCGCCACCGCCCGCCUCGAUAUCCCUCACAGACUGCCUCGCCUGCUCAGGAUGCGUCACGAGCGCAGAAGCAGUGCUGGUGUCUCUCCAGUCGCAUAGCGAGGUGCUCACAACGCUCGACACAUACCGGUCGUUACGCGCACCGUGGCAGACACAAAACGGGACGAACGGGACGAACGGGACGAACGGGACUACGAAUGGACAUAGCACAAAUGGGACGACGACCAAUGGUAUCAACGGGCAUAGCCAUGAAGGAAAGCUGUUUGUCGCCAGCGUCUCUCCACAGUCGCGCGCAAGCAUAGCCGCCGUCUUCAAUGUGUCAGAGGCCGAGGCCGGGAACAUGAUCGCGCAGCUACUAAGCGGUCCGUCUGGUCUCAAGACUGGUGGUCACCAAGGAAGCGAUUUCACAUGGGUUCUCGACACCAACGUAGUACGUGAGGCAUGUCUGGUUGCUGCCGCCGACGAGGUCGCGAAUGCGCUUUCGCCAGAGACCUCGAAUCCGUCCACGAAGCCUGGUUCUGAGGGCGCAAUCGACACAACACCAAAGCAACCCAUCCUCACAUCAGCCUGUCCCGGCUGGAUAUGUUAUGCCGAGAAGACGCAUCCGUACAUCUUACCACACCUCUCGCGACUGAAGUCACCUCAGGCGCUCACUGGCACACUCAUCAAGUCGGUCUUGAGCCAGCAGUACAACAUCCCCCCUUCACAAAUAUGGCAUGUCGCUAUCAUGCCAUGCUUCGAUAAGAAGCUCGAAGCCAGUCGCAGCGAGCUUACUUCUUCCGCAUGGCUACCCAACCACGAUGCAACACAGGACCCCGUACGAGACGUCGACUGUGUAAUCACAGCUCGCGAACUUCUCCACCUUGCUUCUGCGCGUGGCAUCAACUUCGCCUCCCUCCCGCGAACACCGCUAUCCGCUUCCGAACGAACACCCUUCCCGGAUCCGAAGCUCGAUGCCUUCCUCUUUCCUCACACGCGCCGGAAGAACCAAGAUGUGGUUGCUGGGUCAUCGGGCGGAUAUCUGUACCACAUACUACAAACAUACCAAGCGCAAAACCCAGGCUCGUCAAUAUCAGUGUCGCGGGGUCGGAACGCAGACGUAGUCGAAUACUCGUUAGUGCGUGGCUCAGAGACCAUUAUCAGAGCAGCGCGCUUCUACGGCUUCCGCAAUAUCCAGAACCUGGUUCGACGACUCAAGCCCGCGAAAGCGAGUAGAUUACCUGGCGGCAAGACCGGCGUGAGCCGGAAACCUGGCGCGGCGGCCGGCGGGGAUGUGAAAGACUACGCCUAUGUGGAAGUCAUGGCGUGUCCAGGAGGUUGCACAAAUGGAGGAGGACAAGUCAAGAUUACCGAAGUCGAGGAGGUUCGGGCAUACGAAGGUGUAGAAAGUACCAAUGGAGACACUCUCGCACCAAAGCCCGGUCCAAAGGAGCAGAAGGAGUGGUUGGCCAAGGUUGACGAAGCCUACUUCUCUGGCUCAGAUUCAGAGGAAGAAAAGGUCGACCAAGACGGCGACCAAAACAUGCAAGAUGCGACCACGAACGGCCACACAAGCGAACCCGACAUCGUAAACGGGAUAUCAAGAAGAAAAAUCAACGACGUUGUAGCACACUGGUCGCACCUCACAGGCGUAGACACACAGAAACUCCUCUACACAUCCUACCGCAAAGUCGAAAGCGACGUCGGCAAGAAACAAAGUGACAUGGAGCGCGUCGCCGGGCUUGCCGUUACUGUAGGAGGCGGAUGGUAGACAUGACAUGAACUGGCAUUGGCAUAUGAUAUAGACAUUAGCAUUUACACCCGGUACACAUAUGAAGCAUGACCAUGAAUUGAAA